AUGGCUGAAAUUCAAGAAGAAGAACCUGAUGAUGCUCUUCGAGCUUCUCGUACGGCAUUCGAUUACAUAUUCAAACUAAUCUAUCCCGUUUAUUGGUUUGUCACAAUUCCUGUUCGGAUAACCAGCUGGUUUUUCACAAACUUUCCGGUAUUUUCCUCGUUAUCAUUGUUUCUUUUUGUAUCUACAACGUUAAUUGUGCUUUAUGUCUAUCGAAGGCUAUCAUCAACACCACGUGAAAGCUUUAUCAGUUAUCUUCUAUACACGGUUGUUCCCUACGCUGUUUCAAUUGUAUACACAACAGUCGGAUUCAUUUUUCCCCAGGUUCAUACUAUCACCAGAAUUAUCAGCGCUCUCCUUCAUCCAAUAAAAUUUAUUCUGGGAUUCAUUGAAAAAGUCGACAACAGAGCGGCUCCAAUUCGUCGUACUGUCGAAGCAAUUCAUGGUCCGAAACCCUCGAAAAAGAGUAGUAUUCAAUCGAUCGAAGCGUCGCUCAACGAAACACGUCUUCAAUGUUGUCUAUGUAAACUGGCUGACAAACGAGUCCUCCUCCGCCCGUGCAAUCAUCUCUGUCUUUGUGAACGGUGCAACGAAGCUUUCCAGAAACAAAUUCCACUUUUGUGUCCAAUUUGUCACAUACCUGUUAAAUCAUUCGAAACUAUUCAUCUUUCUUGA